AUGUCUCCCAGCGCCAACCCUGUCAAGAAGGCUUACAGCAUUGCCUCCAUCCCCGCCGAUGGCAUUGGCCCAGAGGUUGUUGAAGCUGGUAUUGAGGUUCUUAAGGCAUUGUCUGGAACCCUCCAGUCCUUUGAUUUGGACUUCACCCACUAUGACUGGAGUUCAGACACGUACAAGAAGACUGGAAAGUACAUUCCCGAUGGUGGUCUCGAGCAAUUGAAGAAGCACGAUGCCAUUCUCUUCGGUGCUGUCGGUGCCCCUGACGUUCCCGACCACAUUUCUCUGUGGGGUCUUCGCCUGGCCAUCUGCCAGCCUUUCCAGCAGUAUGCCAAUGUCCGCCCUACCAGGGUGCUGAAGGGCACCCAGUCUCCCCUCCGCAACUGCAACACCGGAGAUCUUGAUUGGGUCAUCAUCCGCGAGAACAGCGAGGGUGAAUACGCCGGUCACGGUGGUCGAUCCCACCGCGGUCGCCCCUGGGAGACGGCCACCGAGGUGUCUAUCUUCACCCGCCACAGCGUCGAGCGCAUCAUCCGAUUCGCUUUUGAGACGGCCCAGAAGCGACCCCGCAAGCUCCUUACCGUUGUUACUAAGAGCAAUGCCCAGCGAAACGGCUUGGUCCUGUGGGAUGAGGUCGCCGCUGAUGUCGCCAAGGACUUCCCCGAUGUCACUGUCGACAAGAUGCUGGUUGAUGCCAUGACCACCCGCAUGGUUCUCAAGCCCGAGACCCUGGACACCAUUGUUGCUACCAACCUUCACGCUGAUAUUCUGUCAGACUUGGCUGCCGCUCUGGCUGGCUCCAUUGGCAUUGCCCCUACAAGCAACCUGGACCCUACGCGCGAGAACCCGUCCAUGUUCGAGCCCAUCCACGGUUCUGCCUUUGACAUCACCGGAAAGGGCGUCGCCAACCCCGUCGCCACCUUCUGGACCGCCGCGGAGAUGCUAGAGUGGCUCGGCGAGGGGGAGGCCGCGCAGAAGCUGAUGCAGAUUGUCGAGAGCGUGUGCGAGGCGGGCGUCCUCUCUGCCGAUUUGGGCGGCAACGCCACGACGAAGGAGGUUACCGCUGCUGUUGUGGCUGAGAUCAAGAAGAGCUUGGGCAAGUCUGCGUAG